AUGGAAGUCGAGAAAAAAAACGUUGCUUCGAGCCAAGAAAACAAAACAAAGCCAAAGAAAUUAGUUGGUUAUAUAUUAUUUUUAUUAUUUGGUAUUGGAACAUGGCUUAAUUUAAAUGGUAUAUGGAUUGAAUUACCAUUAUUAAUUCCUCGAUUACCUGAAGGAUGGUCAUUAUCACCUCAAUUAGGUAUGGCAAGUAAUAUAGCAAAUAUAGGUCCAUUAAUAAUAGCAUUAAUUCGUCAUUUAAUUGGUAAAUCAUCAUCAUAUGAAUUUCCAUCAAUAUGUGUUAUAUUUGCUGUUGGUAUAUCUGUUCCAUUAAUACUUUCAUUUACUUGGUUUAAACAAAUAUAUUUACUUGGAAAAAAUCGAUCAAUUUAUUUAUUAGUUCUUGGUUUUUUUCUUGCAUUAGUUAAUUGUACAUCAUCAGUUACAUAUCUUCCAUUUGUUAAUCAUUUUGAUCAUAAAUGGUUAAAUAUUUAUUUUGCUGGUGAAUCAUUAUCAUCAUUAAUUCCAGCAAUACUUGGUCUUAUACAGGGUGUUGGUCAAAAACCAAAAUGUGUUCCUGUAUCUUUAAAUUCAACAGAAAUGAAAGCUGAAUAUUAUCCAGCUAGAUUUUCUGUUCAAAUAUAUUUAAUUUGUCUUAGUAUAAUUAUGUUAAUAUCAUUUAUUGCAUUUAUUAUUCUUUGGAAAAUAAAAGUUAAAAAUGAAGAAAAAAGUCAAGCUAAACAAAUAAUUGUUGGAGAAAAUGCUCAAAGUUCAUUAUUAACUGUUAAUAAUGAUGGUAUUAUUGUUGAAAAUCAAGAUGAUAAACAAGAAAAAUUUACAAGACGAACAAUUAUUUAUUUAAUAAUUAUACUUUGGACAAGUAUUCUUUUAAUUGGAUGUAUUCCAUCACUUAAUUCAUAUUCACUUAAUCCAUAUGGACCUUCAACUUUUCAUUAUGUUAUUAUUUUAUGUCAAUGUUGUUAUCCAUUUGUUUCAUUACUUGCUUCAACUUUUCCAAAUUUGUUUACUGUAUCAACAAUCGGAAUUAUUAUUUCAACUAUUUCGGGAUCUUUGGCGUUUUUUUAUAUAUUUCUAACAGCAUAUAUGUCACCAUGUUCACCUUUUGUUGAUGAAUGGUCGGGAAAAUAUAUAAUUGCAAUUAUAUGGGCACUUGUUUAUUUAAUAUUUUAUUAUGAACGAAUUGUUCUUGGAAAUUAUUUUAAUAAAACAUCAGGUCAUCGAGGUCUUUUUUGGUAUGGACUUUUAACACAAGCUGGAGCUUUUAUUGGAGCUCUUUUCAUAUUUAUCUUAACAACUUUCGAUGUAUUCAAAGAACGAGAUUUAUGUACUUAUUAUCCUUGUUAUUGA